UAGAUUUGACGAGGCUGACCGCUCUGUACACCUUGCACUCCCGGGGGUCCGGGAUCCCGCGCCCCGCGCGUUGUUUCCCUGAGAAUCUUGAAAACGCAACCGAUGUCGUGAGCGCCAGGACAGGCGGCGGCUCGCUGCUCACCGCGUGUUUCUCUCCAAAUAUAUUUCACUAAGUCAGUGCACCUAUCUCUCUCCCUCUGUAUCGAUUUGUGCUUCCCCAUGUGUGUAUCUAUGCAUAUAUAUAUGUGUGUGUGUGUGUCUGUCCCCCCGUCUGUUUCUCUUCCCGCCCGUCUCUUCGUAUAUCUCUCCAUCUGUGCGUCUCUCUGCUCACGAAUACACAUCGAGCGCUCUCAAUCCACGCUCCCUUCUCUGUCGUUCACUCAACAACGUCCCCACCGCUCUCCAACUUCUCCCCACAUCUCCAUCAUAAUUCCUAUCGUCCCCUUCAUUUCAUCAUCAUCAUCAUCGUUCUCCAUUCGUAUUCCUUCUUGCAUUUCAUCUCGAUCCCUCCCCCGUCUCCUUCACUCCCCCCCACCACCACCACCACCCCCCCCACCUCUCUCCUCGGGAAAGUCGAGCGCGCUCGGAACGGUCUCCGGUGUCAGCGUCCAUGCCGCUCCCUCCACACCGCUCAAUCGGUGCGCGUGGAGAGAAUCGGUACCCGUGGAGAGGAGCGGUACCCGUGGAGAGGAGCGAGACACGGGGAGAGCCGAGUGCGCUGCCGAGCGGUUGCGGUGUCUCCCCACACCCCACCGCAGCAGUCGCCAUGUACCCCGAGUGCGAGACGAUGGUGAUGCUGGAGCUGGCCAAGGAGUCGUGUCUCGAGCAGCUGCGCCACGAGUGGAACGCCACUCGAGAGCACGGCUGCCCUGGAGAAUGGGACCGAUUGAUAUGCCUCCCGCCAACAGCGCUGGGGAAGUCGGUGAACAUCACUUGCCCGGACAUCCCCAUCUUCACAAAGAGGGGUGUGGUGACGCACACGUGCACGCGCGACGGAUGGGACGAUCCGCAGCCAUCCUACAUCCACGUGUGCGGCUACAUCUUCCUGAACGAGGAAGGGCCCGAUCGGCAAAUUGACUACAUGACGCUGAAGACAGCGUACACUGUGGGAUACAGCUCAUCCCUCACGUCUCUGGCCCUCGCCAUGCUCAUCCUUUGUCUCUUUCGCAAGCUGCGCUGCACGCGCAACUACAUCCACAUGCACCUGUUCGCCUCGUUCAUGCUGCGUGCCAUCUCCGUGUUCAUCAAGGACAGGGUCCUCUUCACGGGCGAAGCCAUCGACAACUGCGCCCCUGCACCGGCCACGUGCAAGGUCGUCAUGGUGUUCUUCCAGUACUGCAUCAUGGCCAACUUCAGCUGGCUGCUGGUGGAGGGCCUCUACCUUCACACGCUCCUCCUCGUCUCCUUCUUCUCCGAGAGGAAGUACUUCUACUCUUACAUCAUCAUCGGCUGGGGGACGCCGGCCGUCUUCGUGGUGGUGUGGACCGUCUGCCGCGUGGUCUACGAGGACACUGGGUGCUGGGACAACAAGGGCAACCUGGUGUUGUGGUGGAUCAUCAAAGGGCCCAUCUUGCUGUCCAUCCUCAUCAACUUCUUGUUCUUCAUCGGCAUCAUCCGCAUUCUGGUGAAGAAGCUUUGCUCUUCAGACGUGGGCGGGAGCAGCAGCAGCCACUACAAGCGCCUGGCCAAGUCGACGCUGCUGCUGAUCCCGCUGUUCGGAGUCCACUACAUCGUGUUCGCCUUCUUCCCGGACGAGGCGAGCGAGCUGGCGACGCGCGUGCGUCUCUACUUCGAGCUGGCGCUCGGGUCAUUCCAGGGGUUUGUGGUCGCGAUCCUCUACUGCUUCCUCAAUGGAGAGGUACAGGGCGAGCUGCGGCGCAAGUGGCGGCGCUGGCACGUGCAGCGCUUCCUGGAGCGCGGUGGGCGCGGGCGCCACCACCAUCAGCAGCAGCGCCACCAGCAGCAACACUCCUCCUUCAUGAUGAGCAACGGCGUGAGCAGCGGCGGCCUCACCACCCACAUGUCCCUGCUGCACAAGUCCAGCCCCGGCGGGUACCGGGCCUCCAGCUCGCGCGACGAGUCCACCAUCAUCUGAGACGAGGAGUCCACCGUCAUCUGAGACGAGGAGUCCACCGUCAUCUGAGACGAGGAGUCCACCGUCAUCUGAGACGAGGAGUCCACCGUCAUCUGAGACGAGGAGUCCACCGUCAUCUGAGACGAGGAGUCCACCGUCAUCUGAGAC